AUGACCCAAAAUCUCAACAUUCUGAUCGUCAACCCAAUUUUUGGCUUUAGUCAUGUCAAAUUUCUGUCCACUCUUGCUGAUAUUAUUGCAGAGCGAGGACAUAAUGUGACAGUCCUUCAACCAUUCCACAUCGCAAUGAACAAUUUGGACGGGUUGAUCAAAGACAAAUCUGUGAAAAUCAUGAAUUACUAUCCUGACAACUUUUCGGAGUUGGAGAAAAAUGAGGAGCAAACUUUUAAAAUGGCAUGGGACUCGAAAUUGAUGCAGAAUCCGAUUCUAGGAGCACUGUUCUCUGGUAUGGUGGCUAAACAGUUCAAGAAUACGGUAAUCAAAAUGCUCCGAGACGAAAAGCUACACAAAGAGCUCUCCUCCUACAACUUUGAUGCAGUUUUGGUGGAAACUUUUGAAAUUUCUGGAUUCUACCUCGCUGAAAGUCUACAGAUCCCUGCAAUCGCUGUCCUUUCUGCAGUACGUUAUCCAGUAUUCGAUGAGCUGUUUGGACAGUCAUCUACUCUAGGAUACAUCCCAGCAACUGGCUCAUCCCUACCACCAAAGGCUGGAUUCUUCUCACGCUUGAACGAUGUCUACAACACGUUUUUCCUCUCCAUUGGUCAAAAGGCAAUGAACAAUGCGCAAUACAACGUGAUCAAAGAAGCAAUCGGAAGGAAACCCACCGCAUGGCAAGAUCUUGUUCAAAGAUCGCCGGUUUAUAUAGUCAACGCUAAUCCGUAUUUGAAUUUCGCGGUUGCCAGGCCAGGAAAUGUUGUUCAAAUUGGAGGAAUCACUAUGUUAAAGAAGGGAACGCUGAAGAAAAUUGAGCUGCCAGAGGAAUAUGAGAAGAUCUUGAAUGAGCGAGAGUCGAGUGUAUUCAUUUCAUUUGGAUCUGUGGUCAGAGCGUAUGAGAUGCCAGAAAACUUCAAAAAAGGAAUCCUCAAAAUGUUCGAACUUCUUCCGGAUGUCACAUUUAUAUUCAAGUAUGAAGACGAGCUAGAAGAAGACAUGAACAGCCGAAUUCCCAAAAAUGUCUAUCUCAAAAAAUGGGUUCCUCAACCAGCUCUUCUCCUAGAUGACCGUCUGAAAGUCUUCGUCACCCAUGGAGGCCUGGGAAGCACUAUGGAAGUUGCGCAUUCGGGAAAGCCAGCGCUAAUGGUCCCUCUGUUUGCUGACCAAUUUGAAAACGCGCAAAUGUUGGCUCGCCAUGGUGGAGCUGUUGAUUAUAACAAGUUCGAUUUGGCGAAUGGGAAAAAAAUGGCGAAAGUACUCAAGGAAAUGAUUAGCAAUCCGAGCUAUCAGAAAAAUGCACAAGAGCUUCAGAAAGUGUUGUUGAAUCAACCAAUCAAUCCAAAAGAAAAUUUUAUUCAACACCUGGAGUUUGCCUGUAAGUUUCCCACGUGGCAAAGUCAAACACCCGGAAUCAGUAGAUCUGGUUUCAUCCCCUACUAUUAUCUCGAUGUGAUUCUGUUUCUUAUUGCUACCCCAGCCACACUGAUCGGAGCUUUCACAUAUCUGAUGGUCCGUAUUUUUUCAUGA